CUGUGUCACAAGUAUGGAGGAAAGCAAACUAAAAGAUAAAUUCAGCAAUGAAUUUGCUUCAACAAAAGCAAAUAAUGACCCAUGGUCACCGCCGAUACAAAAUACACACAUUGCCUUGUUACCGCAACCGAAAAAAGAUCCAUUGCGGGACAUUAAAAGUCCAGAAAUCUACAUCCAGUCCCUUGAAAAGAAGCUACAAAGAUUCAAAGGACAGACUAAGACAGAUAAAGUCCGACCUGAUGAAAUGAUUAAAUCUCUACAAGAGGCUAGAGACCUUCAUACUUCCCAGUACUUGGAAAGCAGAGACUCUCAGAGUAGUGAAUUUGUGACUGUGGAUCAAGAUAAUAGCUCAGUGCUUCUUUCUGUACAGCGGAAACUGCAUCCCGAGAGGCAGGCGCUUAACCAGCUAGAGCUGAUUCCACUUGUCCAUGACGAUGUUUUAUCAAAACAUUCCGAACAAAUUGAAGAGAUUGAAACAAAAAAUACUUAAAAUUUUAGGGGACAAUAAUUGACUUGAAAUCGUCUUUAAAUGUAUGUAAGUGCAAUAGUUUGUAUAUACAGAAAUGUUGUGAUAUACUGUUGAUUGUUCUGGAAGUAUUGUCCAGUCAUUGUUAAAUAACGAAAUAGAUUUACGAUCAUGCAUAGAUAAAAUGUCGGAUGUUAUUUAUGAAUUUUCUCAUCAAAUACAUGCCAUGAUGGUAAAACUUCACAGUAAAUAAUAGGUUUAAUAAUGAUUGUAAAACAGCCAGAGAUCAUUUUUAUCGUUGUAAGUGAUUAUUGUCUACAAAUCAAAAUGAAGCUAAUCGCCUAAUAUUUUUUCAGCCUAGAAAUGAUUAUUGUCACACUUAUGGUAAAGCUAGAUUAAGAAAUUUGUAAUACAGUAAAGAAAGGAACUCUUUAUGGUCCCUUAGUAAGUGGAACUCUUGCAAGUUUUGAAAUUAUAUAAAGAAAUACAAAUAUAUAUAUAUAUAUGUAUGUAGUGAUGUAAACAAAUUUGUAAACCAUUUUAAAAAUAUGUCUUUCGUCCAAUGAUGUAAGCUUUAGAGACCAUAUAAGAAUGGUAACGAUAAUGAUGUAAAUAUUGAUUGUCUUGUUGGUAUGAUUACUGUUGACAAAAUAGUUAAUACGAUUUCAUCCAUGUCAAGGCACAAAAGCUCUGAUUUAUCUGGAAAUGUUGCAGAAUUCUUUAUUGACUCCAAAGAUUUUAUAUCGCUAUAUCAUGCUCAUAUUUUUAACUAUAUGUUUGAUAGAGCGGUAUACCUUGUUGUUAUUGUUCCAAUUUAUAAAAAAAGGUGAUAAAAAAAAUCCCUCUAAAUAUCGUGGCAUAAAAUAUCCUCAUUAAUGUUGUGCAAUUGUAUAAACAAGUGGUGAUAAAGUGAAAAUAAAUUUGAUGAUGCUCGAUUUGGAUUUAUUUAACAAUCCUGGUACUGUUGGGUGUAUUUUGUUCUUCAUGCUGUUAUUCAAAAUGUAUUAGGCCAAAAAAGAUACCUGUAUUUGCGGUAACUCGACCGACCCCAUUUUUGCUUCCCUGGCCUUAAUCUUUAUUAGGGCCUUAAAAAAAUACAAUUGGUUCGGGUUACCUGACCCUACCUACGUGAUCAGUUUGUUUAAACAUGGUUCGAUAAUGUGAAUUAACAGAGCAAAUAAGAAAAUUAUGUUAAGUUUAAAAAAGAACUUAAAUUUGAAAAAUAUAUCGAUACCUUCAACAAAGAAAAUCAUUGAAUUGCUUUAUCAAGAUUCUGACGGAGUGCCUCAAUAACAUUAUUAAAGAAGAUAGAAAUGUAAACUAUGUACUAUGACUACUAUUAAUAUGGUUGAAUCAGAAUAUCACUUUUCUAUGUAUUUGUUGAUUAUAUAUGGGCCUGAGAAAUGAAUAUAACAUAAACAGAUCGUUUAACACUACUGAAAAAAUUGUAUCUACCUUUAAAUAGCUAGUAAUAAUUUGAGGACUAUCAGGAAUCUAGCGAAAUUUGUAUUUUUUGCCAUGUCCAAACAAUACUGUUUACAUUACAGAUUGAAGGGGGCGCCCACUCCUCUCCUCCUUAAAUCAUUCAAGUUUACUUUAUUUGUCAAUAAUCGGAGAGAAAAAAGUAAUAAAAUAUGCUCAAAUGCACCAAAGUUUGCGCCCCCAUUAUGAUAAAAGUCAAUUCCUGGAGCCAUUUCUGGUAU